AUGCCAAAAAAGUUCACACCAUCUGAACGCAAAAAGGCGUUGCAAAAAGAAACCGAAAACGAUUCCUCGUCGUCGUCGUCCUGGGAAGAAAGAGACAAAAUUAUUAAAAAGAAGCAACAACGAAAAGAGGAACAAAACAAAAAGCGCGAAAUGCAACUGGCGCGGAAAGCAGAAACUAAGAAGCUGCUGGAAGAAGAAACAGAUCUUUUGAAAGCGGGGAAGAUGUCUUCACAGAAAUUCACCAGGGCUCAAAUCAGGACGACUUUAGGGCCGGUGACUAAGAGUGUGAAGCCUAUCCCAUCUCUUCAGGAGAAUGUGAAUAGGGCUAAAGGUGAAGAAAUGGCGGCGAGGAGUGUGGAUGAGGCGAUUAGCGUUCUUAAGGAUAAAGAAGCAAAGGAUAAACAUCCUGAAAAGAGGAGGAAAACUGCGUUUGCCAAUUUUGAAAAGAGAAGAAUCAAGGAGGUGAGGAAUGAGAAUCCGGAGCUGAAGCUGUCGCAGGUCAGGGAGAUGGUGUUCAAAGAAUGGCAAAAGUCGCCUGAAAAUCCUAUGAAUCAAGUGUAA